CGAGACGGAGCGCGCUCUCCUGUCCACCUGAGACACAUCUGUGUCCCUCGUCAGAGACACACACAGCCGGGCUGCACCUGAACGCUCCACUGUCGCAACGACUUUUCUCAUGUGAAACUACGUCAAUGCAACAGUAGCUGUCAGCUGUUCGUUCGUCCGGUACAUUUUAUUUUUUUUAAAGCUACCAACACGACAGAGUGAGUAAAGAUGCAGUGUCCCAGCCGCUAUCCAGACACCCCCAACGAGGAGCAGAGGCAAAGGAAAUAAGUCUCAAGGCAACAGCAGGUCCUUAUGGUUGAGGUGGUGUGUGGUGUCCCUUGCCAUGCCUCCUGCCAUGACAGACCUCCUGGACAUAUGGGCGGCCCACUCGCCCCUGGCAGGCCACGCUCCGGACCAGAUCACUGUGGACUUUCUGCUGCCCACCGGUAUCUACAUCCAGAUGGACGUUCCACGCGAGGCCACCAUUCAGCACAUCAAACUGCUCUUAUGGAAGCAGGCUCAGACGUUCCCGUUGUUCCCCUCCCUGGGCGACAUGGAGAGCCACAUGUUCGAGUGUGUCAACCAGGCAGCCGUGCACGAAGAACUGGAGGACGAAACCCGCCGGCUGUGCGACGUUCGCCCUUUCCUGCCUGUCCUCAAGCUGGUGACGCGCAACUGCGGCCGAGCCGAGCGCCUGCUGGACUCCAAAAUCGGCGUGCUCAUCAGCAAGGGCCUCCAUGAACUCGAUGGCAUAAAUGACCAGGAGGUGAAGGACUUUCGCAGUAAGAUGUUUCGUAUCAGUGAAGAUAGGAUGCAACAUAUGCAGAUGAUGUCGUGGAAGGAAUGGCUGCAGGCCUGCUUCUCCCCUCAGCUAGAGCCCGCAGCCAAGACAGCCAUCACCGAUGGACUCAAUGACCGGCCCGCAGACCUGAAAGUCAUUAUCCACUUUGACCAGUCUCAGGACUCGGCCAGCCUGAAGAUGCCAUCGUCCUGCACCCCCACCGAACUGAUGGAGCAGGCGGUGAAGAAGUGGCUGACAACCCACGGGCCUGAGGAGGAGGCUUGGAGGGGACAGUACGUACUGAGGGUCAGCCAUUGCCUGGAGUUCCUUUGUGGAGACCACCCUCUCAUUCAGUACAAGUACAUCCGCACGUGCAUGCAAGCCAAGGAGCCUCCACACCUCACCCUGGUCCACACCAGCACCGUCAAGGCCAUGUUUGAAAAGGAAAUCUGUGCCAUCGGAGCUGUGGUCAGCCGCAAGUCAUCCAACCCACCUUUACCACUACCUCCCAAGAGAAGAGCUCCCACGCAAGUACAGACGUGUGUGUGGGAUGUGUCGAGCACGUUUAAGAUAGUCCUUGUGAAAGGAAGCAAGGUGAACGCGGAGGAGACUGCCAAGGUCCAGGUGAGAGCAGGCCUCUUCCACGGUACAGAGCUGCUGUGCAAACCCGCAGUGAGCAGCGAGAGCAGCGGACGCUCGGAUCACACAUGGAAAGACAGCACGCUGGAGUUCGACAUCUCUGUCUGUGACCUGCCACGCAUGACCCGCCUCUGCUUCGCCAUCUACGCUGUCAUGGAUAAGGUGAAGAAGCAGAAGUCCACCAAAAACGCUCAUCUAAACAAGUACCAGACCAUUCGCAAAGCAGGGAAAGUGCACUACCCUAUAGCCUGGGUCAACACCAUGGUGUUUGACUACAAAGGCCAGCUGAAGACUGGAGAUAUCAUCUUGCACUGCUGGUCUUCCUUUCCUGAUGAACUUGAAGAGAUGCUGAACCCCAUAGGAACCAUCCAGACCAACCCGUACACUGAGAACGCCACAGCACUGCACAUCCAUUUUCCAGAGUACUCGUCACACCCCAUCAUCUUCCCUCCCUUUGACAAGAUACUGGAAAAAGCUGCAGAGAUCGCCAGAGCGAAUGACAGUGUACCUAUGGGUCGUGGAGGUAAGAAGUUCCACAUAGAGCUGAAGGAGAUCAUGGAGCGGGACCCACUCUCUCAGCUGUGUGAGAACGAGAAGGAUCUGAUCUGGACACUACGUUAUGACUGCCGUGAGAAUUUCCCUCAGUCACUGCCCAAGCUGCUACUCUCUGUCAAAUGGAGCAAACAUGAGGACAUGGCCCAGCUGCAGGCACUGCUUCAGAUUUGGCCCAAACUGAGUCCCAGAGACGCUCUAGAGCUUUUGGACUUCAACUACCCUGAUCAGUAUGUCAGAGAAUAUGCUGUGCGCUGUCUGCGUGACAUGAGUAAUGAGGAGCUGUCGCAGUACUUGCUGCAGUUGGUGCAGGUGUUGCGCUAUGAGCCCUACUAUGACUGCGCCCUUACCCACUUCCUCCUGGAACGUGCCCAGAAGAACCGCAAGAUAGGACACUUCCUCUUCUGGCAUUUACGGUCAGAGAUGCACAUGCCAGCUGUUUCAGUCCAGUUUGCUCUCAUCCUGGAAGCCUACUGUAGAGGCAGCAUCCCUCAUAUUGAGGUUCUAAAGAAACAGGUGGAAGCCCUGAGUAAGCUAAAGUCGGUCAAUGAGCUAAUUAAGCUGGGGACCAUCAAGAACGCUCGAAGUAAGACCAAGGAGGCAAUGUUGACCAAAGAGGCCAUGAUGACCUGUCUGAGGCAAAGCGGCUACUCAGAGACUCUGUCAGACCUGCACUCGCCUCUAAACCCCCAUGUCCUGCUGUCCGGCAUCAAUGUGGAGAGGUGUCGGUACAUGGACUCUAAGAUGAAGCCACUCUGGAUUGUUUACAACAACAAGCUGCUGGGGGGAGACUCCCUAGGAAUCAUCUUCAAGAAUGGAGACGACCUACGACAAGAUAUGUUAACCCUCCAGAUUUUGAGGUUAAUGGAUCUGCUAUGGAAGGAGGCGAAUCUGGAUCUCAGGAUCGUACCAUAUGGUUGCCUAGCGACAGGUGACCGUGCAGGGCUGAUUGAGGUUGUGUCAUCAGCAGACACGAUUGCCAACAUCCAGCUGACCAGCAGCAACGUGGCAGCAGCUGCCGCCUUCAACAAGGAUGCUUUGCUAAACUGGCUCAAAGAGAGAAACUCUGGCGAUGCUCUUGAGCGAGCCAUCGAGGAGUUCACUCUGUCAUGUGCAGGCUACUGUGUAGCCACCUAUGUCCUGGGCAUCGGAGACCGCCACAGUGACAACAUCAUGGUCCGCAGCACUGGACAGCUCUUUCACAUAGACUUUGGCCACAUCCUCGGCAACUUCAAGUCCAAGUUUGGCAUCAAGAGGGAGCGUGUACCAUUUAUCCUCACACACGACUUCAUCCACGUCAUACAACAGGGAAAGACGGGUUACACAGAAAAAUUUGGCAGUUUCCGACAGUACUGUGAGGAGGCCUAUCUAAUCUUGAGGAAGAACGGGAACCUCUUCAUCACACUGUUCGCCCUCAUGCUUACUGCUGGACUGCCUGAGCUCACCUCAGUCAAAGACAUCCAGUAUCUAAAGGAUUCUCUGGCUCUGGGUAAAACGGACGAAGAUGCGCUGAAGCAGUUCCGCCAGAAGUUCGAUGAGGCCCUGAGAGAGAGCUGGACAACCAAAGUCAACUGGAUGGCCCACAACGUGGCCAAAGACAACCGCUCCUAGAGCAGCUGCGACCCCUCUAAGCCAGGGGUCAGGGGCCAAGAGUGAAGGAGUGUGUCAGUGUGUGGGAGGGCCAAGGUGUGCCAAGGAGUCAGGGUGACAGCCACCCAUAUUUAAAGGGAAUCUAGCAGAAUAUCGCAAACCUGAGCAGAUUCACCCCCAUAUACUGUACAUAAAGAGUGAAAUCUACUCCAGUCAGUCCAGUUACUUGGCACACAUACUUACUGUACCCCUCCUCACCUUGCAUCACUCUAGCAUGGUGCCUCCUAUAAAAUCCAGAUUCACGGUCUUGUGACAUUUCUGAGGAAUCAUGGUGGGUAAAGUCGUUGCACGUUUUGCACAGGCACAACAGCUGAUGGAGCACACGAGCCAAAGGAAGGGAACUGAAGCACCCGCUCUGCCCACACUAAACCUUCAGAGGAGAACUGUCCCCCCCCCACCCCCCAACACACAGAGCGGGCUUGAGCUCUACAGUCAUUUGGAGCGGUUGAAUAAGUGGUCUUCAAACUUGGCUUGUACAGACUCUGAAGCGGGGCAUGAGGCAAAAGGUUUUGCCAUAUCUCUGAACUGUUUUAAAGUACAGUGGAGAUAACAGAUGGGUGUGGACAGGCAGAAUGGACAAAAAAAAGAAGAAAAAAAAGUCUGACCCCCAUGUCUUAAACACCACACCAUCAUGUGCACAACGGCCACAAGAAGUGCAACUUAACAGUCUUGCUCCCGCUGCCUCAAAGUGUGCCUCAAAAACUGCGGGAAGAUUGUAUUUUUUUAAUGAGUUUUCUUUUUUCUUUUGCCAUUUAAGAAUUUAUCAUGAGACUUCUAUGUGCCAGACUACUUUAAUAGUCCACAAAGAAACCUUGUGUGUGAGGGAAUAAUGAUGAAAGAGAAGGAUGGAUUAGAGGAAAAAGGAUACCCUGAGCCUUUUUGGUCCAGUGUUUGAAUCUCAGCUCAUUUGGACCAUCGAACACUGGAACGUUUUUAGAAAGACGUAUAUGAGAAAUUUCAAAUAGUCUUUUAAUGAACUAAAACACUUUAUUUUUAAUUUUAUGUUGAGAUGUGACAAAGUGCAUCAUUUCUUUUAAAACCAUCAUCAAACCAAGAGCAUUAUUGGACAAAGAGUUAAGGUCUGUGAGUGAUCACUACCCUGAGACGUCUAAAAAGGAUUUCUGACGUUUAAAGCGCCAUCCAACUCACGCUAGCAACUACGACAAAUAAACCCACUGAGAAAUAACUGAUGCUUUUAACAUGUUAGGACCAAAACACACACAAAAAAGCAAAUGUUUAGUUAUUUUAUUGUUUAUACUGUAUUUUUAAUUAUCUGUCUCUGAAUGUCUCAAAUGUGCAAAUACGUGCCGCUCUCUUUUUAAAUGUAUUUGUUUUUAUACGAGAAGGUGUAGGCGAAGUUCGGCUGGGGAGGGGGGGAGGGGGCGGCUGUGUGGGUGGGAUUUAUCAGUAGGGACAUUACACUGCGAUGCAAAGCUACUUCCUCGUUUCGACAUAAGGUGCUCCUCCGGCAUCUGCAUCUGUGUUUAAUUUUUCGUGCAAUAUCCGUAAACGAGUAUAUGAACCAUAUCUUAUUAUAUAAAACCUUUGGCUCAUGCCUAAGCCUAUAAUGGUUUUUCUCUGUUGGUUUAUGUGUGAUGCAGCUGUAGUUUGAACCACUAGCCUUCGAAAGUCUCAGACACUGGAUAUUGUCAAAUGUACAGGCUUCUAUUGUUUUGCUGGUUUGUUUUCAUAGGAGUUUUAUUAAAGUUAUUUUCCACCGUG